GAUUCAUUACAUUUUCAUCUUUCGGCCCGUGCAGAAGCAAAAUUUUCAUAUAAUUGAAAAAAAAAAAAUUUGGAAGCAAUAACUUGAUUUAUCACCGGAUACAAUCUAGAAGAAGGUUCCGAAUUUAAACAACAACCUAGCGGCUACAUAAAUAUUUUGGAAAUGCCGAAGAAAAUCUGCUAUUCUCCGUGCUUCUCACCAUGUGGCCCUUGCGGACCGUGUGGACCUUGCAGACCCUGUGGACCUUUCGGACCCUGCGGACCUUGCGGACCACGCGGACCUUGUGGCCCCUGUGGACCGUACUGUGAUCCAUGUCCCCCAGUGUGUGGCCCCUACGAUGCGUGUUUCGGAACCUGCUCGCAGAUUGGUUGUGCUCCGUGCGGACCUUGUGGACCGUAUGGCCCCUGCGGAUCGUGUUUACCAUGCGGACCCUGGGCACCUUUACCGCCCUGUGCUCCUUGCGGACCAUGCUUGCCCUGUGGACCCUGCGGGCCUUCUGGACCCUGUGGUCCUUGUGGUCCAUGCGGUCCCUGUGGUCCUUGCGGACCUUAUGGGACAUGUGGACCGAGCGGACCAUGUGGGCCCUGGGGUCUAUGUGGACCAUAUGGUCCCUGUCGAGAUACUAAUAACGGAUGCUGAAUUAGAAAAAUUUAUCUAAAGCUGAUGACAUGUUGUAGUUAGA